AUGUAAAAUAAAGUUGAAUAAUAGGACAUGAUAAUUAUAGGAACAAUUUAUAUUUAAUUUUAGCCAAUAGUAUAAGUGGAAUGUAUGUUAAUAAAAAAAGGAAAGAUAUAAAAAUUAGGAUAGAUAGAUGAAAUAUUAAAUGAAAUUUAGUUAUAAAAUGAAGAGUUAUUAUAAAAUAUUAAGAAGGAAGGAUAUUGGGAAUAAUAGGUAAAUGAGAUGAGGUAAGGUAAUAAAAUAAUAAUUAGAAUAAUAAAAUUGGAUAAAUAAUAGAUGGUAAUGCCUGGAAUGAUAGAUAGUCAUGUUCAUCCAUAGAGUGGAGGGAUUUAAUUAAGUAGGUUGAGAAUCUAAAAAUAUUGUAAUUGGAAUGAUGCAAAAGAAGCAAUAAAGAAUAGUAUAGAGAAGGGAUAACAUGAUAGAAAUGAAUGGGUGUUUGCAUAUGGAUAUUGUAAUAAGAUAAUAAUAAUUUGAAAAGCUGAAGGAUGGUUUAAAGAGAGUGGAUAAAAGAUAGAAGAACUUGAUGAGAUAUGUAGUUAGAAACCUUUAAUAAUAAUGAGGGAUGAUUGUCAUGCAUAUUGGUGUAAUUCUAAGAUAGUUGAAAUUACAUAGAGUUAAAAGAGAGAUGGGAUAUUUAUAGAGGAUGAGAUGAACUUAGUUAGAAAAUAUAUUCCGAAAUUAAGUGAUAUUGAACAAUAAUAAGGUUUAUUGAAAGGAUUAGAACAUUUAGUUGGAAAUGGAAUUAUAGGUUUUUAAGAUGCAGCAGUAAAAGAGAAACUAUUUAAUAAUUAUAAAAAGUUAUACCAGGAUUAGAAUUAUAUUAAUAGAUUGCCUUAUUGUUGUAUGAGUAUAUGUUGGAAUGAUCUAUUUUUAGAAUAAACAUAAAGUAAUAUUUUGAUAUAAUGUAGAUGUUGAUGAGGAAAUGAAAUUUGAGACUGUUGAAAAUUAGAUUAAAUAAAUUCAAGAUUUAAAUUUAGAGAAAUUAUAUUGUCAUAGUGUAAAAUUGUUUGUAGAUGGAGUAUUGGAAUCUAAGACAGCUUUAAUGAAUGUACAAUAUUGUAAAUGUUCACAUAAUGGAUAAUUAAUGAUUUAAAAUAUUCCAUAAAUUAUAGAAGGAUUAAAUGAUAGAUCUAUUUAAGCACAUAUUCAUAGUAUUGGUGAUAGAGCUACUGAUAUUGUAGUUGAAUCAUAUGAAAGAAUAGCUAAUAAAUUAAAUAAAAAUGUUAUCAAUUAUUUAGCACAUUUAGAAUUUGUUUCCCCUAAGGCUAUAGAAUCAUUUAAAAAACUCAAUUUAGGUGCAAACUUUUCUCCUUUAUGGUUUUAUGAAAGUCCAGAAUUAUCAUUAAUGCCCACUUGUUUACCAUAACAUUAUAUGAAAGGUAUGUAUCCUAUCAAAGAUCUUGAACAAUGUAUAAUUGGGUUCGGAAGUGAUUGGCCUGUCAGUUCUGCUAAUCCUUUUGAAGCCAUUGAGGUAUCUGUUACUAGAUAACCUUUGGGACAUACUUAAAAACCUAUACCUAUUGGUGAUUUAAAUCAAAGAAUCACCAUUCAAUAAGCCAUGCAUUAUUAUACUGAAGGCUCUGCUCUAUUAAUCUAAAAACCUGGAUUAGGAUUACUUAGAUAAGGACAUUCUGCUAAUUUCAUUAUCAUUUCAUAAAAUGUUUUCAAUAUUCAACCAUCCUAAAUUCAUCAAACUCAAGUCUUAUCAACUUUCAUCAAUGGAAUAUAAGUUUAUUAAUUACGUCUUUUAUGAAUAUUUAUUUUAUUUUUAU